AUGAAAGUUUUUGUUUUCCUAACUCUCUUGGCUUGUGGUGCCUUCGCCCAACAAGGACCUCAAUGUAAGGCUCCAAAUGGAGGAGGACUUCAACCGGUGUUGGAGGAGUUCGUUGCCUUGAUUCCAACUGACAAAGUUUUGGAACUCGUGUUGACUGCCAUGACCUCCGAUCCAGAAACACAAGCCGUCAUGGAAUUCUUGUCAUCAUCUGAGUUCUAUCAAGUUGUCGAUUUGGUUCAGAGUCAACCAGCUUUCAAAUCACUUUUGGAAUUCGCCUGCAGUGAUUUAUAUCUCGAUGCUGCCUACUACUUCAAUAUCUUGGCCGGUAUCUUUGGAUUCCCAGAAGUUCACAAUCAAACUCGUGCCGCCGCUCGUACCGCUGGAUUCCGUGGUCUCUUACUGGACAUCCUUGAGCUUAUUCCAGUUGAUGAACUUAAGGCUCUUUUGGACCAGAAGUUGAAAAGCGAUUACUACCUCCAAGUGGCUUUCCAGAAAAUCAACUCAGAUGAAUUCGGUAGUAUAAUUGAAGCUCUUCAGGGAGAUGCUGCUUAUAACAACAUGAAGAAUCGCCUCCGUGGAUUGGGUGUUGACGUUGACCUGAUCAUUGAUACUAUCAGCAAAAUAUUUAAACCCUAA